AUGGGUCGCUUCCUAGAUCUCGCUCUUCUCCUCUUUGGCUUCCAGGCUGCUGGCGUCUUUGCCCAGAUUGACCCUGAGGUCGCUGAAGAGGUCGAAGACCCCUCAAAUUCUCCUGCAAUUGCUGUCACCGUUGAAGCCAGCUUCCCCAAUGCUGAAAUUUUCGGCAUCAAGCUGGUUAAUGGCAAGCAGACCGAGUCCAUUCUCUCCUUCACCAAUGAAGAGCCCGACCCGAUCACCAUUCAAUUUGUUGGUGGCAGUCUGUGGACUGCGGACCCUGCUUCUCCUCCUCGCAUCGUUCGCAACCUGACCACUCACCAAUAUGCAAUUGAGAUCCCUCCUGGCGAGAAGCAGAGCUUGCCUUUCCGCUUCUCCACCAACAUGCACCCCCAAGACUUGAGAUUGAACCUGGCCGCCGUCAUCAGCUCCCAGAAUGCUUUCUUCACCCUCCCAGCCUUCAACGGCACUGUCUCCAUCGUCGAACCAGAUGCCAGUAUCUUCGACCCGCAACUCCUCUUCCUCUACUUCUUCCUCCUCGCAUGCGCCGUUGCUGUUGGCUAUUUCUUCUACACCAUCUGGAUUGUCCCAUACUUCCCGCAGCAGAAGCGUAAGACCGCUGGUGGCAAGAAGACUCCCCGCAAGGUCGAACCCCCUGCAGUCCUCUCCGACAACGAAUCCCCUGCCGUGUCAACUGGCGCCAAGCCCUACAACGAGGACUGGAUCCCUACCCACCAUAUCCAGCGUCCUGAGGCGCGUAGAGUCAAGAGCAGCGGCCGUCCAAAGAGCCGCACUGGCAAGCCCGAGUAA